CUUCCACCUCCUCCAUCCCUCCAAGCUCACAUACCAUCUCCGUUAUAAGAAGAGGAAGAAACAAAGGAGUUCAGAGAAAGAUCGAUGAAGAUGGCCAAAUCAUCAACACCACCGUUCACGACUUGGUGCUUCUACAUGGCCAUGGUGGCCAUGACGAUGGCGUCUCUGUGUUGCUUGGAUUUGGAUUGUUAUCAUCAGAUCGAAGACGUAAGGAAUGACCUGAGGAUGUUGAUGCAUCAUGGUGGUCAUGCAAUGGGGCAUGGUCAUGGGUGCGAAGAGAUAUAUGUGGUGAGAGAAGGGGAGACGCUGAACACUAUCAGUGAGAAAUGCGGCGACCCUUUCAUCGUGGAGAACAACCCUCACAUUCAAGACCCAGAUGAUGUCUUCCCCGGCUUGAUCAUCAAGAUCGUUCCGAACUCCGGCAACGGCAGAUGAUGCGCGCGGCUGCGUGGAGCUUCCAGGAGCGACUUGUAACUCGAGCACAGACAGAAAAUUGCGAUGCAAGAAACGAAAUGUAUGCAGGCAGGAGCAGGAGGUCCAUCAGUUGGUCAUUAUAGUGUUCGUCAAUUCUUCUCUUUGAUGUUAUACUGUGAUGAUCUUGACUGAAAAGUAGAAACGUUCUUGUAUUGAAAACAAAAGAAUU